AUGGGCCUAAGGCCACCUGCUAAAAGAGAAGGCAAGGAAGCUAUGGGUGCAGGAACCUGUCCAGAAAAAGGUGUUAUCUUCUUAGGAGAAAGACUUGGUGACAACUGUAUGCUAGACAUGUACUCAGGGAAUCAAACUUCAACCACCAAUUUUAUCCUUGUGGGAAUCUUUGAUGACAACAAAUAUGCUAACUUCCUCUACACUGUUACCUUCAUUGUUGUCUUGAUGGCCCUAGCUGGGAAUUCCCUUCUUACUCUCCUCAUCCAUUUGGACCCCCAGCUUAACAACCCCAUGUACUUCUUCAUCAGCCAGCUAUCUCUCAUGGAUCUCAUGUACAUAUCUGUGGCAGUGCCCAAGGUGCUUGUGGACCAGGUCACUGGAGACCAUACAAUUUCCCCCUGUGCCUGUGGGAUCCAAAUGUUCUUCUACCUGACCCUGGCUGGAGCUGAAUUUUUUCUCCUAUCCUCCAUGGCCUGUGACAGAUAUGCUGCAAUUUGCAGACCACUCCAUUACCCACUGCUGAUGAACCAAAGGGUCUGACAGCUCCUGGUGACUGGAUGCUGGGUCCUGGGCACAGUUGAUGGUUUGUUGCUCACCCCCAUUACCAUGAGUUUCCCCUUUUGUCAGUCCAGGAAAAUCCUGAGCUUCUUCUGUGAGGCUCCUGCCCUGCUGAAGCUCUCUUGCUCUAACAUUUCCCUGUACAAGAUGCUCAUGUACCUGUGCCGUGUCCUCAUGCUCCUUGUCCCCAUCAUGGUCAUCUCCAGUUCAUACACCCUCAUACUGCACCUCAUCCACAAGAUGAACUCACCCGAGGGCCGCAGGAAGGCAUUUGCCACCUGCUCCUCCCACAUGAUGGUAGUACUGCUCUUCUUUGGUGCUGCAGUCCACACCUACAUGCUCCCCAGUUCUUACCACACAGCACAGCAAGACAUGAUGGCAUCUGCCUUCUACACCAUCAUCACCCCUGUGCUGAACCCCCUCAUUUACAGCCUCCACAACAAAGAUGUCAGAAGGACUCUCAGCAGUGCCAUUCAAUCAAGGAUGAGUCCAAGGAAAGUUGCUAGUGGGAAAGUCUGGGAAUAA